AUGAGCACCAAGAGACGUGGGGCGGCUGCUGCAACGCCAGAAGUGAGGCUCCGCGGCCAGAAGCGCCGGAAGGUGUCUGUAAGUCGCCGCACUCUUGCCCUGUACCUUUCCCGAGCUUCACGAGGGACCAACCUCGGCCGAGACGGUCUUUCUGGAAUCGACUCGACUGAAAGCUGUUGCGGUUGUGUCGCGCUACUCCCCAAGUCCCUUUCCCGCGGCCAAUGGAGCUUUGCGACAAGCUCAUAUGGCGACGCGCAAAUGACCGUCGAAGAGAGCCCCGUGGACCCCGAGGAAUCCGACCAAAUACCGUCUCCAGAGGACUCCGAACCCGCAGACGAGGCCGAAGCAGAGGAGGACUCUGAAGCUGAGGAUGACGAGAAGGAGACCGAGGCAGACUUUGAGGGCGAUAGCCUUCAAACUGCGCAAGACAAGAUUAUGACCGAACUGACUCGGUUGAAGGAUGACGAUGGCGAAGAUGUAGCAUAUCCAUUCAUUGGGAAGCCCGACCGCAACCUUUAUCGCGACUAUUAUGAGAUCAUUCAACACCCUGUUUCGCUACGAACAAUUCAAAAGCAGGUCCGUGGUACCGAUAGUCGCAAAAACCCGUCCAAAACGACCGCAUUCCCCACGUGGAAAUCCUUUGAAGAAGAGGUCGCCUAUAUUUGGCGCAAUGCGAGGGAGUACAACGAGGACGGUAGCGACAUCUCGAUGCUCGCAGGAAUCCUAGAGGAGUAUUUUAAGCGGCGGGUAGCAGAAGCAAAGAAGCAUGUUCCGGAUCCCACUCAGGUAGAUGGUCACCCCGAAAUGCCUCGCAUCAAGUUGAAAAUGGGCGCGAAGGAUGUGGAACCUAGGUCGCAAAGGUUAACGCUGAAGAUGGCUGGGCAGACCUCCGAGACACCUUCCAAGGAUGAAGGAGUACCAUCCGGCGUCACUGUCGAUAAAGAAUCCCUGAAACGACAGCAAGAGCUCGUCAGAACCGGAUCAGCGAGCCAGGAGGCUGACACACAUCGCAUGUCUCCACGAAACAGAUCUCUGCGAAGACAUCUCGCCAGCCCCAGCAGGUCAAGUGUUGCUACUACCCCAUCCAUAUCGGAGCAGCCACAAAAUGGGCCAGCGGUGGCCAAAGACGUAGCUGGUGUUAUCAAGAGCGAAAGUUCGGGGCUGACAUCCCACCAUCCCGAGACAACGAGACCUUUGAACGGUCUGCACGGUGUUCCCUCGGAGCCCCAUGAUAGUAAGGCGUCCUCCAAGACGGGCAAUAGCCCUCAUCCCAUGCUUUUGACUGACUCUUUGCUGCACCACACAGCUCCUGUUCCACAACCAGUCGCCACAUCCCCGUUAGAUUCACUUUUGAGACGGCCAGGUCAGGAUGCCAACUCGGCGCUGAUCCGAAACGUGCAGAUCGCCACUCAUCCUUCCCUCUCUUUAAAACAUGGGUUGAGCUUGGACAUUCCACCAUCAGCAACGCUUUCUCAACAGUCAAUCACAAUCAACCUGCCUGCGUCGCACAGGCUACUGACAAUCAGGCCGACAGUAGUCUCCGGGACAGCUCAGAGGCAUGUCAAGAUGGUUGCUCUCGUAGGCAUGCAACGGCUGCACCCAUCAGCAGCCGAUGCGUCUGGGCUGGCGUAUGACAUUCCCCUUCACCCCGGAACUACCAAGGUUGACCUGGAAGCCAUUGCGGGCCCAGCAAGGGGAGUUCCGAAGACUGGACCACCCGGUUCGGAGAUUGAUUAUGAGCGGGUCACUAUUUUCUUGAAUUUGUUGCGGUAA